UUAUUUGCUAAUUUAAAUAAAGCUAAUGUGAUACAGCAAAUCAAUACUGAUGGUACCAAGUUCAAUCAGGUUGAGCAGCAACAAACAAAAUAUGAUAAUAAAUCACCACUAUUUGAGAAUAUAAAUAAUUCAAAUAAUGAUCGUCAAGUCAAUCGUGUAAGAAUAUUUCAUGAUUUAUCAAAGAAAUAUACAAUUUACAAAGAUUACACAAGUAAGGAAUGUUAUAUUGACAAAAAAUUAAAUAAUAAAAAAAUAAAAAAAAUAUUGUACGUAUCAGAGGUGAAAUUAACUAAAGAACAGUUGUUAUCAUUAACGAAUAAAAAAAUUUAUAAAGUUUGUAAAAACUUCCCAAUUUAUGUAUUAGAUUCAAAUAUACAUUUAACAAAAAUUAACCAUGGUGAUAAUAAAAUUGGUAAAAAAGGAAAACAGACUGCACAUAAUAGAAGACCAAAACGAUCACCUUCUCGUAAAUAUCACGGCCAAACACAAUCGCAGUAUUUAUCUCUGAGUGAAGCUGAUAAAGAUGGAAAAGCUGAAGCUGAAUCAACUCGCGAUGGCACAAGAGCUGUAGUCACCGGCAGUGGAAUUGGACAAGCUCAAAGCCAAUCGGGAAGCGAAGGAGACUGCGAUGACUGUCUUGGACUUCCAAAAUAUUCAGAUGUCCACCGUGAAAUACCUGGACAAACAACAGGAGGUCCAUCAAAACUAUAUUGGCCUACAAAGGACCAUAAGCCAGAUGGAGGAAGAACUGAUGUAACAGGUGGAAAUAUACCAGGGCAAGGUGGUGUUGAUAACAUUUAUGGAGGAGGCUCAGGAACUGCAGGCAGAGGAAACAUACCAGGGCAAGGUGGUGUUGAUGGCAUUUACGGAGGCGGCCCAGGAACUACAGGUGGUGGAAAUAUACCAGGGCAAGGUGGUGUUGAUAACAUUUAUGGAGGAGGCCCAGGAACCACAAGUAGUGGAAAUAUACCCGGGCAAGGUGGUGUUGGUAACAUUUACGGAGGAGGACCGGGAACCUCAGGUAGAGGAAACAUACCAGGGCAAGGCGGUGUUGAUAACAUUUAUGGAGGAGGCCCAGGAACCACAAGUGGGGGAAAUAUACCCGGGCAAGGUGGUGUGGGUAACAUUUAUGGAGGAGGGCCAGGAACCACAGGUGGAGGAAAAAUACCAGGGCAAGGUGGUGUUGAUAACAUUUUUGGAGGGGGCCCAGGUACCACAAGUGGUGGAAAUAUACCCGGGCAAGGUGGUGUUGGUAACAUUUACGGAGGAGGACCGGGAACCUCAGGUAGAGGAAACAUACCAGGGCAAGGCGGUGUUGAUAACAUUUAUGGAGGAGGCCCAGGAACCACAAGUGGGGGAAAUAUACCCGGGCAAGGUGGUGUGGGUAACAUUUAUGGAGGAGGGCCAGGAACCACAGGUGGAGGAAAAAUACCAGGGCAAGGUGGUGUUGAUAACAUUUUUGGAGGGGGCCCAGGUACCACCGGUAGAGGAAAUAGACCUGGACAAGGUGGUGUUGAUAGCAUUUAUGGAGGCGGCUCAGGAACCACAGGUAGAGGAAAUAUACCAGGGCAAGGUGGUGUUGGUAACAUUUAUGGAGGAGAGCCAGGAACCACAGGUGGUGGAAAUAAACCAGGGCAAGGUGGUGUUGGUAACAUUUAUGGAGGCGGCUCAGGAACCACAGGUAGAGGAAAUAUACCAGGGCAAGGUGGUGUUGGUAACAUUUAUGGAGGAGAACCAGGAACCACAGGUGGUGGAAAUAUACCAGGGCAAGGUGGUGUUGGUAACAUUUAUGGAGGAGGGCCAGGAACCACAGGCAGAGGAAAUAUACCAUCUGGAGGCCAAGGUGGUGUUGAUAACAUUUAUGGAGGGGGCCAAGGAACUGGAGGUAGAGGAAAUAUACCACCUACAGGGCAAGGAGGUGCAGAUAAUAUCUAUGGAGGAGGGCCUGGAACUGUAGGUAGAGGAAAUGUACCAACUGCAGGACAAGGUGGUGGAGAUAAUAUUUAUGGAAGUGGUCCAGGAUCUACAGGUAGAGGAAUCAUACCAGGUAUAGGGCAAGGUGGCGUUGAUAGCAUUUAUGGAGGCGGCCCAGGAACCACAGGUAGAGGAAAUAUACCAGGGCAAGGUGGUGUUGAUAGUAUUUAUGGAGGCAGCCCAGGAACCACAGGUAGAGGAAAUCUACCAGGGCAAGGUAGUGUUGAUAGUAUUUAUGGAGGUGGCCCAGGCACCACAGGUAGAGGAAAUAUACCAGGGCAAGGUGGUGUUGAUGGCAUUUAUGGAGGCAGCCCAGGAACCACAGGUAGAGGAAAUAUACCAGGGCAAGGUAGUGUUGAUGGCAUUUAUGGAGGCGGUCCAGGAACCACAGGUAGAGGAAAUAUACCAGGGCAAGGUGGUGUUGAUGGCAUUUAUGGAGGCAGCCCAGGAACCACAGGUAGAGGAAAUAUACCAGGGCAAGGUAGUGUUGAUGGCAUUUAUGGAGGCGGUCCAGGAACCACAGGUAGAGGAAAUAUACCAGGGCAAGGUGGUAUUGAUAGCCUUUAUGGAGGGGGUCAAAGAACUGGAGGUAGAGGAAAUAUACCACCUACAGGACAAGGGGGUGUAGAAAAUAUUUAUGGAGGAGGACCUGGAACUGUAGGAAGAGGAAAUGUACCAACUACAGAACAAGGUGGCACAGAUAAUAUCUUUGGAGGUGGCCCAGGGUCCACAGGUAGAGGGAAUAUUCCUUCUACUGGACAAGGAAAUGUGGAUAGUGUACAUAGUAUUGGUCCAGGUACCUCUGGAAGAGGUAGCAUUUCAAUUUCUGGGCAAAGAGAUGUAGAAAAUAUUUAUGGAAGACAUCCUGUAGAUUUACAUCAAGGAAUCGAUUCAUCAGGGCAUUCUUUUACGUUUUCUGGGCAGUUUUCUGGUUCAGGACAAAUACAUGGUGACAAGAGACUAUCUGGUUUAUACCAAAAACCUGAUGGAUCCAGAGAUUAUACUUCUACUCAAACUGGUCAAGGACCAACUGGUGGAACCUAUGGUGUAAGACCUGAUGGGCCUAGAGGAGAUUACACUGGACCAGGAUCUGCUGGUGGUACAUACGAUGGUUCUUCUGGUGGGCGAGGAGGCGUAUACCCUCCCACAACUACCGGUCAAGGGCCAACUGGGGGAACUUAUGGUGUAAGGCCGGACGGGUCUAGAGGAGAUUAUACUGCACCUGGAUCUACUGGUGGGACAUACGAUGGAACAUCUGGAGGGCGUGGAGGUGUUUACCCUCCUACAACGACUGGUCAAGGACCAACUGGUGGAACUUACGGUAUUAGACCUGAUGGGUCUAGAGGAGAUUACACUGGACCAGGAUCUACUGGUGGUACAUACGAUAGCACUUCUGGUGGGGGAGGUGGCGUAUUUCCCCCUACUACAACUGGUCAAGAACCAAGUGGUGGAACUUACGGUGUAAGACCUGACGGGACUAGAGGAGAUUAUACUGGGCCUGGAUCUACAGAUGGAACAUACGAUGGAACAUCUGGAGGGCGUGGAGGUGUAUAUCCUCCCACAACUACCGGUCAGGGACCAACAGGUGGAACCUAUGGUGUAAGACCUGACGGAUCUAGAGGUGAAUAUACUGGGCCUGGAUCUACUGGAGGAACAUACGAUGGAAUAUCUGGAGGUCGUGGAGGUGUAUACCCUCCUACAACGACUGGUCAAGGACCAUCUGGUGGAACAUACGGAGUGGGGCCUGAUAGAUUUGGUGGAACCUAUGGUGUAAGACCUGAUGGGUCAAGAGGUGAUUAUACUGGGCCUGGAUCUACUGGUGAAACAUACGAUGGAACAUCUGGAGGGCGUGGAGGUGUAUACCCUCCUACAACGACUGGUCAAGGACCAUCUGGUGGAACAUACGGUGUUAGACCUGAUGGGUCUAGAGGCAAUUAUGCUGGACCUGGAUCUUCUGGUGGAACAUACGAUAGAACAUCUGGAGGGCGUGGAAGUGUAUACCCUCCUACCACAACUGGUCAAGGACCAUCUGGUGGAACUUACGGUGUCAGACCUGAUGGGUCUAGAGGUGGUUAUACUGGACCUGGAUAUACUGGUGGAACAUAUGAUGGAACUUCUGGAGGACAUGGAGGCGUAUACCCUCCAACUACUACCGGUCAAGGACCAACUGGUGGAACCUAUGGUGUAAGACCUGAUGGGUCUAGAGGAGAUUACACUAGACCAGGAUCUGUUGGUGGUACACACGAUAGCACUUCUGGUGGGCGAGGAGGCGUAUACCCUCCCACAACUACCGGUCAAGGACCAACAGGGGGAACUUAUGGUGUAAGACCUGAUGGGUCUAGAGGAGAUUAUAAUGCACCUGGUUCGACUGGUGGAACAUACGAUGGAUCAUCUGGAGGGCGUGGAGGUGUAUACCCUCCUACAACGACUGGUCAAGGACCAACUGAUGGGUCUAGAGGAGAUUACACUGGACCAGGAUCUACUGGUGGUACAUACGAUGGCUCUUCUGGCGGGCGAGGUGGCGUAUUUCCUCCUACUACAACUGGUCAAGGACCAACUGGUGGAACUUACGGUGUCAGACCGGAUGGGUCUAGAGGAGAUUAUACUGGACCUGGAUCUAUUGGUGGAACAUACGAUGGAACUUCUGGAGGGCAUGGAGGCUUAUACCCUCCCGCAACUACCGGUCAGGGACCAACAGGUGGAACCUAUGGUGUAAGACCUGACGGAUCUAGAGGUGAAUAUACUGGGCCUGGAUCUACUGGAGGAACAUACGAUGGUACUUCUGGUGGGCGAGGAGGCAUAUACCCUCCCACUGGUGAAGGACCAACUGGGGGAACUUAUGGCGUAAGACCUGAUGGAUCUAGAGGAGAUUAUACUGGACCUGGAUCUACUGGUGGAACAUACGAUGGCACUUCUGGUGGGCGAGGAGGCGUAUACCCUCCUAGAACUACCGGUCAAGGGCCAACUGGGGGAAUUUAUCCUCCAGGUCAGAUUGGACAGUUAGAUAAAUAUUCCGAACAGGAAGGAGAUUUAGCAAGUGGUAGAGAUGAUUCAAAUUCUUUGGCUGAAAGUUCUGUACAACAAACCGAAAAUGGUACACAAUCUAGUGCUUCAUCGAGUGGUACUUAUCAAGGUAGUACAGCUCAAGCGCAAGUCAGUGGCACUUACAGCGGUUCUGGUGGUUUUAGUGCGCAAGCAGGAACAUCAGAUGUAAAUAAAGCAGCUCAAACACAAGUGUCUGGUGGUUCUCAUGGUGCUUCUAGCUCUGCACAAGGCCGUGGUGGUAAAGGUAAAUCACAGUCACAAGUCCAAUUGAAUUCAAAAACUGGGGCUACUACGAGUGAUGCGCAGAGUAGCGGUAUAAACCACGGCACAACUAGUCAAGUACAAGCAGGUGCUAAGGGUGGAAUGGCUGAUGCUCAAGCUAGUGGCUUGGGAAGUACGUCAUCACAAGCACAAAUUGGUUUCCAACCUUAUCAUGAAAGUAAAAAAGCUGAACACGAUAAGCAAGGAAAAGUGUUUAUAGGAGGAGGAACAUCCAGUGCUCAAAGUGGAUCGCACUCGGGUCAAUCACAAUCACAGCUGUUUGGCACGUUUAAGCAUGGUAUAAGUUACACUGGAGCUGCACAGGCUGGGUCUGGAACCAAAGAAAGUAUUGAAAAAGCUAGAAAUCAACCACGCCCACCAGCUUUAGUAAAUUUUGCUAACAAUGCUACAAUAGAUGAUUUUACUGGUUUUUCAUUAAAUGGAAAAGCUGAACCAUCAAAAAUUAUAACUAACAACGAAUUGUUAUCAACGUCAGAAACAAAACAAAAAAAAGAACUUGAAGAAGUUGAAGAUGUCGAAGAAAUUGAAACACAAAAACCAGUGAUACAAACUGAAAGUCCAAAAACGACCACAGAAAAGGAUUUACAAACCGAUACUCCUUUACCACCAGAUUAUUUAUAUGAAGACGAAUAUGAUAUGAAUGACGACGAUGAAUAUGCUGAAGCUACCGAUGAAUCCCCUACUCAUUUGUCUUUAAAAAGUAGUAAGAGAACCAUGAUUAUCGAUCAAACAUCACCAACUCAAGUACAGUCAAUAUCAAUAGGUAGUCCAUUACAAAAAGAUUUAAAUGUAAAAAUUAAAAAGGAUAGUUACAAUGGUUUAAAAGAGGGUAUGGUUAUUAAUCCAGGUCAAGCUAUACCUGGCACUCCCGGCUAUAAAAUUCCACCAGGAUUUCGCGGUAGAGUAACAUCAAUUGCUAGUGCUGAUGAUGCAAUUGCAGAAGGAGUUCCUGGUACUCAUUCACAAGCACAGAGUAUCAAAAUAGGUAGCACAAACGCAUCUAAUCGAUUACGUAGUUUAAAUACAUCAUCAAAUAAUAAAAAGUAUUCGUAUACUCCAAAAACAAUAAGUCCAUUAUUACGCAGUAUUAAUACUGCACCAAUUGGAUCUAAUAAUAUGCAUGACAGCUUUGUGUCAGUAACUAAAUCAGUAACUGGAGAUUUUACAGGAGAUAAAUCAAUCCCAAAUAAAAAAUUUGAGCAUACAUAUUAUACAAAAUCGUCAACAUGUGGAUAUUUUACAUUUUCGUGUAACAUAGUUUAUGGUACAAAUGGUAGAACAAAAAUAUGUAAACCUAAAGCUCCGAUUAGCUCUGACGGUACACCUAUUAAUAAUUGUUAAGAUGUUUAAAAGUAAUAAUAAAAAUUUAUUAAAUUUAGUUAUGAUG